AUGUUUUGGACACGGAGCAGUACCACUUCUUCCAAGAAGACAAAAAAGAAAAACACCGACAAGACACACAGGAACGCACUCCUCCCUUGCAACCGCAUUCUGGAUAUCAAGGAACUCUGUGACCUCAUUUGCUCAUUCUUGCCACGCCGGGACGACAAUGGCAAGCUUAUCUACCUUUCCCUUGUCCUUGUCUGCCGGCACUGGCACAGUUACUUCACAUCGUACCAUGUGGAGGAGAUAUCAUUCAACCACAAGCCCUCGCGCAACAAGCUGACAAAACUCGUCAAAGUCCACGGUCACCUCAUUCGUCAAUUCUCCUGUGAAGCAGUAGACAAACCCUUGCUGAUGACGUUGGCAGAGUACUGCCCGUUCUUGGAAAAGGUCAAGUUGGAGUUAGGGAAGGGAGUGUUCUGGAUAGAGUAUGAAUAUUUGGAGAGGAUGUUUCGGACCUUGUCGCAGGCGCGGUUUCAAUGGAAUGGUCAGGAUCGGGAUCAGCUGCUGCAGCAAGAACAUGGGCAAGGACACGGACACGGACACGGAUACGGAUACGGACACGGACACGGACACGGACACGGACACGGACACGGACACGGACACGGACACGGACACGGACACGGACACGGACACGGACACGGACACGGACACGGACACGGACACGGACACGGACACGGACACGGACACGGACACGGACACGGACACGGAGAGAAAUCGGUGCAACAGAAACAGAGCCCAGGGGUAAUGGUUGCGCGGUUGAGGAAGGUAGAGAUCAAGAUUGACAUGGAAUACCUAAAACCCACCAUGCUCUGGAGCCUUUGUCACAUCUCCCAUUUGACGGACCUAAACAUUAAUGGCCGAGGGAUGAUCGGCCAGGAACGGUCGAGUUGGUACCUUGAGAUUUUGACACUUUCCUUGUUAGAGUGCUGUCCAGGCGUGGAGAGAUUCCGGAUUUGUUACUCGCCGCAGAGGAUGAUUUACCAUCCGUAUGGGAGAAAGAAUCGAUUUAAGGAAAGAGUGUGGGAGCCAAGGCAGGAUGGGAGGGCGCCGCCGUUGGUACCGAAGGAUGCUGUUGUGAGGCGUGAGGUUGUGUCGUCUUUUGGUCAGGGAGAGGAGAUUGGCUUGGGCGUGGAGGAUGAGAGGCAGGAGGGAUCGUCAUCGUCUGCAGCUGCAACAUAUAUGAGAUCAGGAUCAGGAACAGAGACAGGAGCAAGAGCAAGAGUGGACAAGGAUAUAGAAAGCAAGCCUUUCAUCCUUCGACAGCUGGAGCUACGAGGAACCUGCGCCGAGAUGGACACCCUCCUCCAUCUCUUCAAAAGAUGUCCGCUCCUACAACAAGUCUCACUCUUCAUGUCCUGGUCAGCACUCCAUUCUGACCACUGGCACGCCCUCUCGACCCACUCCCAACAAACACUCCGCGCCAUCCGUUUGAGCGCAUACACUUACCGCCAACUCGAAAUCGUUGAACUCAACAUCCCACACCUCUUCACCCUCUUCCCGCAACUUGAAAGCCUUCAUGUCACCGAAACACCACACCAACAUCUCAACCUUGCGGCUCUCGACUCUUCCCUUUCGAAAUUGGAACUCGAACAAGGACGGCCGCAUCCUUUGAGAACCUUUUGUGUAAUAGAGAAUUUUGACGAUGCGCUCGCCAGACUGGUCGACGUUGUGUCCUGUCCAUACUUAAAGUGCCUCGAGACAUUGAAGGUUGGGUGCUUCAACACGUCGCCCAUGUACCAAGUCUGGACGGAGACACCCGAGACCAGCCAUCAAGGGGCGCUCUAUGAUUUCACACGGUCGUGGGAGACGGUAGGGAGGACGCUGGUGCGACUGGAUGUGGAUGGAUUGCAUUUCCCGGAUAAGCAGGUCACGGCAAAGUUCUUUCGGAAGCUGGAAGGAUUCUGGUCUCUGAAGAUCUUGAGGGCGUCAGUUCACCACUUUCAGGACAUCAUCUCCACCAGCAGUUCUUACGGCAGCUCACCAUCAUUGUCACCCUCAGCAACAAUAAAUGGCGACACACAUUCCAGCAAACCAGCGAGCCUCCCGGUCGUCGACUAUUGCUUCCCCUUCAUCCAAGACCUACUCAUAAGAAACCAAAGCUACGAGAAGAUAUGGAAUGGAAGGUUCAAUGACCCAACGUUUUCUUCAGAGAAGGAGAUGCUCUCCCUCGACCAGACGCUGUUCCUCCUUGCAGCAACCCCAUCCCUCAAGAAUCUAUUACUUCAUUACCUGUCUGUCGGUGACGCGACUGCAGCGGUUGUUCGAAGCCGGUUUCGAGGUGUAUAUGUCGAUACCAAUCAUCAAGAGUACUGUUCCUGGUUCGAUGAAUAG